AUGGCCGACGAGACUAUUAUUAAGCCAACUGCUACAGCACCCAGCAUUGACACUUCCAAGUGGCCACUUCUCUUAAAGAACUACGAUCAACUCAAUGUUCGUACUGGUCACUACACUCCUAUCCCCAGUGGUUCUUCUCCCUUGAAGCGUCCUCUUGGUGAAUACGUUCGUUAUGGUAUCAUCAACCUUGACAAGCCUGCCAAUCCUUCCUCUCAUGAAGUUGUUGCUUGGAUCAAGCGUAUUCUCCGUGUCGAAAAGACUGGCCACUCUGGUACUCUUGACCCUAAAGUUACUGGUGGUUUGAUUGUUUGUAUCGAUCGUGCUACUCGUUUAGUCAAAUCACAACAAGGAGCUGGUAAGGAGUACGUCUGUAUUCUCCGUCUCCAUGAUAAAAUUGAAAGCGAAAAGAAGUUGUCACAGGCUAUUGAAACUUUGACAGGUGCACUCUUCCAACGUCCUCCUCUUAUUUCUGCUGUCAAGCGUCAAUUGCGUGUCCGUACUAUUCACGAAUCCAAGCUGAUCGAAUUCGAUAACGACCGUCAUCUCGCUGUCUUUUGGGCAUCCUGUGAAGCUGGUACAUAUAUGCGUACUCUUUGUGUUCACUUGGGUCUCUUGCUUGGUGUUGGUGGUCAUAUGCAAGAACUUCGUCGUGUCCGUUCUGGUACAACAUCUGAAAAUGAUGAUAUUGUUACAAUGCACGAUGUAUUAGACGCACAAUGGUUAUAUGACAACACAAAGGAUGAAAGCUAUCUUCGUCGUGUGAUCCGUCCAUUGGAAUCUCUUUUGACCAACUAUAAGCGUGUUGUUGUAAAAGACAGUGCUGUGAAUGCCAUCUGUUAUGGUGCCAAGUUGAUGAUUCCCGGUCUCUUGCGUUUUGAAAGCGGUAUUGAAAUUAAUGACGAAAUUGUCUUGAUGACAACAAAGGGUGAAGCUAUUGCUCUUGCCUAUGCACAGAUGACAACGGCUGUCAUGGCCACAUGUGACCACGGUGUAGUCGCUAAGGUGAAGCGUGUUAUCAUGGAACGUGAUACCUAUCCUCGUCGAUGGGGCUUGGGCCCUGUUGCUCUUGCCAAGAAGAAGCUCAAGACAGAAGGCAAGCUUGACAAGUAUGGUCGUGUGACCGAAGAAACACCCGCUGUCUGGAAGUCUACCUACGUUGAUUACUCCAACAACCCAGAUGGCAAAGAUCCUGCUCCUGUCUUUGGCACACCAUCAGAAAAGGUUGUUGCCGCUGCUGGUAUGGCACCAAAGAUCACUGUACUUGACGUUGCUGCCAAAGAUAAUGCCGUGAAUGAAAAUAAUAAGCGUCCUGCUGAACCUGAAAGUGAAGAAAAGGCCACCAAGAAGGCCAAGAAGGAAAAGAAAGAAAAGAAGAAGGAAAAGAAGGAGAAGAAGAACAAGGAUCUCUAA